AUGUACUUCACCAAGUCUUCCGUUGUUGCUUUCAGCCUUUUGGCUUCCUCUUCGCUCGUGGCUGGCCACGGUGCGAUCAUCGGUGCUACCGGUGAUGCUGGCGGCCAGGGCUCUGCCAUUGGUGUUGACCCCAACACCCCCCGUGACGGCACUCGACGCGCUCCCUUCCAACAGGACUCUACCCGCUUCAAGGGCGCCGCCGCCGACACUUGCGGUGAGACUCUUGGUGGAGGUGACAAUGACAUCCAGGCCGGCACUGCCCAGGUCAUGCAGCUCAACGGCGGCACUCUUCCUCAAGUCUCAGCUGGCGGUGAGAUCCAGAUGACCGUGCAUCAGGUCAAUGGCGAUGGCGCUGGCCCGUACAAGUGCAUGAUCGAUGCUACUGGUACUGGCACCAACUGGCAACCCAUUACCGUCACCCAGAACCUCGAAGGCAAUGACCGUGGCCGCAACAGGGACACCCAGAUGCAAGAUCUCCCCCUUACCGCUGCCAUCCCUGCGGGUCAAACUUGCACAGGUACUGUUGCUGGACAGAGCAAUGUCUGUAUGGUUCGUUGCGAGAACCCUGCUCGUGCCGGUCCCUUCGGUGGCUGUGUACCCGUCCAAAUGGCUGGUGCCGCAGCUGCCAACGCUCCCGCUACUCAGGCGCCUGCCGCAAAGGCUCCUGGUGGAAAGGCUGCUGGUGCAAAGGCUCCCGCGGCUCAAGCCCCUGCAGCCCAGCUUCCCUCCGCUAACGCUCCUGUUGCUGGAGGCGCCUCAACCGUCGGCGCAACUACGGGUUCGUAA